AUGAAUCGUGUACUUUCUCUGCAGAUAAAUGUAGUCCUGAAAUUAACGCACUUGCCUGAAUUGCCUGGCUAUCGUUUAAGCCUAAGCAACUUCCCCUUAGACUACAAGUCUCAGAGACUUUAUAUGAUGGAAGGAACAGUAACUGCAAUAUCUACAGUGACAAAGUACACUCAAGGAGCACAAUUUCUCUGCUCAGAAACAAAGUGUCCUUUUUCUCAAGAUUUUCAGUAUAUUCGAGUCCACAUACCUGGGGCUACGGAAUUAGCCACUGUAGGACAGGAGUUUAUGUGCGAUUUAUGCUCAUCGCCACUAAAGGAAGAUAUGAAGUAUAGAGUUCUUGGUGAUAAACAGGUGGUUGAGUUAACAGAUGCAAAGUCAUUACGUGUUCUCCAGGGACAUUAUGCAACCCCUCAGAAAAGCCGCUUCCAGUCAUAUGCUGUUUACAUCAGAGAUGAGUUAAUUAACAGGAUGAAAAUAGGGGGAAGGUAUAGAGUAGUAGGAAUUCCAGUAUGUGGGCCUAAUGAUUCUCAACUUUCUAUUUGCAUAGAAGCAAAUAAUAUUCAUCAGUACAUAGCAGAAAGUUCUCUGACCAUAAGUGAGCCAAUUCGAGAACUUUACCUAAAGACCUUUGGUUCCCCAUGGAUUUUCACAGGAGUACUUGCAAAUAUUUUUGCUUCACAAGUUGUCCCGGUGGGGACUUACAAUACGCUUAAACUCUGUGUGCUACUCAGCCUUGUGCAAACAUGUAAUGAAGAUGAAGACAUUGGAAAUAUCAUAGACCUUUUAGUAGUGACAAGUGAUACACUGAUUGUGGAGAGGCUGAUGAGUUACAGUGUGUCCCUUCUACCACGUGGAGUCCGACAUACGCCUUUUAAUGACAUCUUUGCUACUGUAAGAAAAGAUGAACAUGGGACAGGAACUGCUAUCAUCCAUGCUGGCAGUGCCUUAAUGGCAAAAGGAGGAGCCUGCUUUAUUGGAGAUAUAAAUUCACAUAAAAAAGACCAGCUUGACCAUUUGAAGUCGGUUUUGGAGAGUAGAAACACAGCCAUGUUCAUACCUGGGAAGAAAUAUGGAGUAGAUGUGGAUCACCAGAUAUUUAUACCUCUUCAGUGUAAUUUCUGGGCAUAUGCAGAUUUCUCUUAUAAGAAAUGCAAUUUAAGGAAAUGCAAUUUAAGAGAAAACACCUUUAUUGGACAGAUGGAUUUAAGUAUGAUACCCGUCAGUGUCAUGGAUGCAUUUGGAAUGUUGGUUUACUGCAAUGAGUCAUCUCUCAGUCACCCAACUGUACCUCUAGUACAACACAGCCUGCUAAGAGCAGUAAAUCCUGGAUCACCUCUCUGCCCUGCAUCUGAACAGUUCACCACACAAGACUUUGAAGAGCUAAUUUCCUAUGCAAAGAGUUUAAAGGUGACAUUUAGCUCCAGGGCCGAAACGUUACUCCAGAGUUAUUAUUUGGCAAGCAGAAGGAUAAGGACAGACAGUAGUGGAUCUAAAAUCUCAGCAUCAGCAUUGAGACACCUAUCUUCAAUGUCAGAAGCCCACACAAAGUUAAGUUUAAGAAGGGAAGUGACAGAAGAAGAUGCUUUGGUUGCCAUUUUAUUAUUUUUGAAGUUUCUCUUACCCUGA